AUGGGGAAUUACAAGUUCAUUUCACCACUUCCCUUCUUCUCAUAUUUGUGCAUGCAUGCAAUUGUUCUUAACUCAUGUCUUAGUUUAGCCCUCACCGGAUCAAACGAGACAGAUAAACUAGCGUUGCUCAAAUUCAAGGCUAGGAUAACUACAGACCCUUUUGGAGUCAUGAGUUCGUGGAACGAAACCAUCCACUUUUGCCAAUGGCACGGUGUUACCUGCGGUCACCGCCAUAUGAGGGUCACAAAGUUGAUGCUGAGGUCCUUGAAGCUUGGAGGCUCUAUAUCGCCACAUGUUGGAAAUUUGAGUUUCCUCAAAGUGUUUAAUCUCGUAAACGAGAGCUUCAGCCAUGAAAUCCCACCAGAAAUUGGUCUGCGCAGGCUGCAACUUUUGGCAUUGCAGAACAAUUCACUGAGUGGGGAAAUUCCUGCUAAUUUAUCAAGCGAAAACCAACUGCAUGGAGAAAUCCCCUCUUUGAAAAAUUUACACAAGCUUUGGUGGUUUGUUAUUGGUUCGAACCAUCUUGGAAGUGAUUUGAGCUUUCUUUGCGAUUUGACUAAUGCCACCGGUUUACAAAGCUUGGAAAUUGAUUCAAACAACUUUGGGGAUAUCUUUGGUCGACUGACCAAUUUUAAUUUUCUUGCAUUGGAUGGAAAUGACUUGUCUGGUACGAUCCCUUCCUCAGUUUUCAAUGUCUCUUCUCUUGAAACCUUUGCUGUGGGACUUAAUUACAACCUCCAAGGCACUUUUCCUUCAAACUUGGGCAAUUCCUGUCCAAGUCUCCAAACAUUUGCCAUCAGUUAUAACCAGUUUAGUGGAAUUAUACCUGUUUCAAUAUCUAAUGCCUCAAAUCUGUUUGAACUAGCAAUACACAAAAACCAACUGCGCGGAGAAGUCCCCUCUUUGAAAAACUUACACAAUCUUGGGCGGUUUACUAUUGCUUCGAACCAUCUUGGAAGUGGGGGAACUGGUGAUGAUUUGAGCUUUCUUUGCGAUCUGACUAAUGCCACCGGUUUACAAUACUUGGAAAUUAAUUCAAACAACUUUGGUGGUACGUUGCCUCAAUGCGUGGCCAACCUGUCUUAUUCACUUGUAUACUUCUACGUAGGCUAUAAUAGUAUAUUUGGUAAUAUCCCGAAUGCGAUGGAGAAUCUGCAUAACCUGGAAAGCAUAUGGCUGUCUGGCAACCAGUUUUCAGGUCUCAUCCCCCCUGAAAUAGGAAGGCUUCCCAAAUUAUAUGAAGUAUAUAUGGAAACCAACUCUCUCACUGGGAAUCUUCCAUCAUCUUUUGGAAAUUUAAGUCGACUAACUCAUCUGCAUCUCGAGGAUAACAACCUUCAGGGCACCAUCCCUUCAACUUUGUCUCAGUGUCCCAAUUUGGUGAACUUAACUCUAGGUGGUAACAAUUUCACUGGCAUCAUAUCCCCAGAAUUAAUUCGUCUGUCUUCUUCGUAUGUUCAUUUGGAUUUAUCUCGAAAUCAUUUGACUGGCUUUCUUCCCAUGGAAGUCGGACAAUUGAUAAAUCUAGGGCAUUUUGAUGUUUCUGGAAACCUGUUGUCUCAGAAUCUGGGUACUGAGAAUUAA